AGCCGUAUCGCAACCCUGGCAGCCGUGCGCCGAGCCAUGGUCCAGCGCCGCGCCUCCCACGACCUCCCACUCCACUUCGGCGAACCCGCAUCGCCGACCCGGCGCCGCGCGUCGCCGUCGCGGCGCGCGCUCGGCUGGCUCGUGCGCGCAUGCAUCGGAGCGCUGGCCCUCAAAGGCCUCGUCACGCCUUUGAGCGAAGAGGCCGAGGUCGCCCCGAUUAGAAACUCGAAGCGCUACAAGCAGACGCUCCCGCAACGACGUUCCGCCGCACUAGCGCCGAGAAAAGAUGCCGAUCACCUCGUGGUAGUAGCGGGUCACGCGGUGACCAUGGCCGAAAGCUUGGACGGCGUCGACGCGUUGGACAGCAGCUGGUACCUGCUGGACUACCAGCGCCGCGCCGACGUGCCAUCUGCUCUGGUGCAACACAUCGAGGAGGGCGUGCGCAUCACGGCGCGGGACCCGAAGUCAGUACUAGUUUUUAGUGGUGGGCAGACGCGGCGCGACGCGGGGCCGCGCAGCGAAGGCCAGAGCUACUGGCACGUCGCGGAGCACUUCGACUGGUGGGGCACGGGCGCCGGCGCGCGCGCGACGACGGAGGAGUUCGCGCGGGACUCGCUCGAGAACGUGCUGUUCGCGGCGUGCCGCUUCCAGGAAGUGGUCGGACGGUAUCCCAAGCGCGUGACGGUCGUGUCCUACGACUUCAAGAGGAGGCGCUUCGUCGAGCUGCUGGGGCCCGCGCUCCAUCUCCCGCUCGAGUUUGUCGGCGUCGCGCCCGGCGGCCGCUUCGACGCCCAGGCGGCGGCCCGGGGCGAGGCGAAGGCCGCCGAGGCGUUCGAGCGCGACCCCUACGGCUGCGAGGGCGAGCUCGCCUCGAAGCGGACGGCGCGGAACCCGUUCCGGCGCCGGGAGGGCUACGGCGCGAGUUGCCUCGCCCUGCGGCCGCUCCUGGACGCGUGCGCCAAGGAGACGGGCCCGGCCGCGGCGGCGACGUUCGCGUGGCCGUAG